AUGAAUACUACUCAUCGCCGCCGUCAAGCUUUCUAUGCUCUCCCUUCAGCUCACUGGCAGAUGCUAGCUGAGCCGCCGUUCUCGAUCUUGGAUCAGUUCAGCAAAGUGGAUGAUGCGAUUGACAAUAACGCGGAAAUUGCAGACAUGAUCGUUGCCGUUGGCCUCGAAUCCUUCGGUCUGAGUGCGGAGCCAGACCAAGAUGAUCCGAUGCAAAACUGGCAUGGAAAGGCAAACACAUCUGAUGUCAACAAGGCACAUUCCACGAUCCGACAGUUCUACCGUGACUGGAGCGCCGAAGGUCGUGCCGAGCGGGAAGUAUGCUACGAUCCUGUGCUCCAAGAUCUUCGAAAUGAAUUCCAGUCUCGGCGGGAUGCCGGAGAAGAGAUUCGCGUGUUAGUUCCUGGCGCCGGACUUGGCCGGCUAGUUUUUGAUAUCUGUAUGGCCGGAUAUUCCGCCGAGGGCAAUGAAAUCUCGUACCACCAGCUGUUAGCCAGCAGUUGGGUCCUCAAUCGCACCAGCGGGCCAGAGGCGCACGCCCUGUACCCCUUCGCGCUACACUUUUCUAACCUGAAGUCUCGAGAGCAGCAGUUGAAGCGCGUCCUGAUCCCCGAUGUCCACCCCGGAACGGCCAUGCAGGAGGCGGCAGCCUCCGAAGGACGCCAGCCCAUGGGGUCGAUGUCGAUGUCAGCGGCUGACUUUGUGGUGCUGUACAGCCAAGCUGAUCAACAUGAGGCGUUUCACGCGGUUGCAACGGUCUUCUUUAUUGACACGGCGCCUAAUCUCAUCAGGUAUAUCGAGGCCAUCCGAAACAGCCUUAAGCCCGACGGACUCUGGAUCAAUGUGGGACCAUUACUGUGGCAUUUUGAGGACGGGCACCCGCGCAAGGACAACUCGGACGACAGUGCCACAGGGAUCGGAGAGCCGGGAAACGUGGAGUUGACGGAGGAGGAAGUCCUGCUAUUGAUUGAACGCAUGGGCUUCCACGUCGAAUCGCGACCCGGCGAUCGGCAGACAUGCGGCUACAUUCAGGACCCAGAGAGCAUGCUCCAGAACUCGUACCACCCGUCGCAUUGGGUAGCGCGAAAGGUGGUCCCCUUAGGCUCAACCGUAGCCGCCUAG